GAGGAGACCGCAGGGUCGCUCUGCGGGACGGGGCGGCCAGGCCGGCUAGGGUCGCUGGGCUCCCGUAACCCCCCAGGUGCCCGGGCCCCGCCAGGCUGGUGCCCGAGGGUCACCCCCCCAGCCCGGCGCGGCCCCGGCCCGCGGCUUCUGGCCGCCAGCGCCCAGUGAGUGAACCUGACGCCCCUGGAGGAGGAAGAAAUAAAGAACCCCGUUUCCUCCCGAAGACCGUUGGCGCUUCAUCCCACAGCCGAGAGGUCUCGGCUCCCUCCCGCAGCCGCCCGGCCCGGCUCCUCCCGGCUCCUCCCGGCCAUGGGGAGCUGCGCGCGGCUGCUGCUGCUCUGGGGCUGCUCCGCGGUGGCCGCAGGACUGAGUGGAGUAGCUGGAGUCAGUUCCCGCUGUGAAAAAGCCUGCAACCCUCCAAUGGGCAAUCUGGCUUUGGGAAGAAAGCUCUGGGCAGAUACCACCUGUGGUCAGAACACCACUGAACUGUACUGCUUCCAUAGUGAGAACACUGACCUGACUUGUCGGCAGCCCGAGUGUGACAGAUGCAGCGCUGCCCAUCCCCACCUGGCUCACCUGCCCUCGGCCAUGGCAGAUUCGUCCUUCAGGUUUCCUCGCACGUGGUGGCAAUCUGCUGAGGAUGUGCACAGAGAAAAGAUCCAGUUAGACCUGGAAGCUGAAUUCUACUUCACUCACCUAAUUAUGGUGUUUAAGUCCCCCAGGCCAGCAGCCAUGGUCCUGGACCGGUCCCAGGACUUUGGAAAAACGUGGAAGCCUUACAAGUACUUUGCUACUAACUGCUCAGCUACAUUUGGCCUGGAAGAUGAUGUUGUCAAGAAGGGAGCUCUUUGCACGUCUAGAUACUCCAAUCCUUUUCCAUGCACUGGAGGAGAGGUUAUUUUCAGAGCUUUGUCACCACCAUAUGAUGUGGAGAACCUUUACAGUGCCAAAGUCCAGGAACAGUUGAAGAUCACCAACCUCCGUGUGCAGCUACUAAAACGGCAGUCUUGUCCCUGUCAGAGAAAUGACCUGACAGAAGAGCCUCAGCAUUUGACACACUAUGCAAUCUAUGAUUUCAUUGUCAAGGGAAGCUGCUUCUGUAAUGGCCACGCUGACCAAUGCAUACCUGUGGAUGGCUUCAGACCUGUCAAGGCACCAGGAGCAUUCCACGUGGUCCAUGGGAAGUGUAUGUGUAAGCACAACACAGCAGGCACCCAUUGCCAACACUGUGCACCAUUAUACAAUGACCGCCCCUGGGAGGCAGUUGAUGGCAAAACAGGGGCUCCUAAAGAGUGCAGAACCUGCAAGUGCAAUGGGCAUGCUGACACUUGUCACUUUGACAUUAAUGUGUGGGAAGCAUCAGGGAAUCGUAGUGGUGGUGUCUGCAACAACUGUCAACACAACACAGAAGGUCAGCACUGUCAGCGGUGUAAGCCAGGUUUCUACCGUGACCUACGGAGACCCUUCUCUGCUCCCGAUGCUUGCAAAUCCUGUUCCUGCCAUCCAGUUGGAUCAGCUAUCCUUCCUUUCAGCUCAGUGACCUUCUGUGACCCUAUCAAUGGUGACUGCCCUUGCAAGCCUGGGGUGGCAGGGCCACACUGUGAUAGGUGCAUGGUGGGAUACUGGGGCUUUGGAGACUAUGGCUGCAGACCUUGUGACUGUGCUGGGAGCUGUGACCCUCUCACAGGAGACUGCAUCAGCAGCAGCACUGACACAGAUUGGUAUCAUGAAGUUCCUGACUUCCAUUCCAUGCACAAUAAUAGUGAACCAACCUGGGAGUGGGAGGAUGAACAAGGAUUUUCUGCACUUCGACAUUCAGGCAAAUGUGAAUGUAAGGAACAGGUGUUAGGAAACUCUAAGGCAUUCUGUGGAAUGAAAUAUUCAUACGUGCUGAAAAUAAAGAUUUUAUCAGCUCAUGAUAAAGGCUCCCAUGCUGAGGUCAAUGUGAAGGUAAAAAAAGUCUUAAAAUCUACCAAACUGAAGAUUUUACGAGGAAAGAGAACAUUGUAUCCAGAAUCGUGGACUAACAGAGGCUGCACUUGUCCAAUCCUCAAUCCUGGUUUGGAGUACCUUGUAGCAGGACAUGAGGAUGUAAGAACAGGCAAACUAGUCGUGAAUAUGAAAAGUUUUGUGCAGCACUGGAAACCAUCUCUUGGAAGAAAAGUCAUGGACAUUUUAAAAAGAGAGUGCAAGUAG